AUUCGAUGUAACUAGUCCCAGGGAUACCACCUGAAUUUCCGCUUCCUUUCCGUCAAGAACCGCAGCCAUGAAAGCCAAAGGAGAGUUGAAGGAGUACGAAGUUAUCGGGCGCAAAUUGCCCACAGAAAAGGAGCCCACCACUCCUCUCUAUAAAAUGAGAAUCUUCGCUCCCGAUCAAAUUGUGGCGAAAUCUCGUUUUUGGUACUUCUUGCGUCAAUUGAAGAAGUUCAAGAAGACUACCGGAGAAAUCGUCUCUGUUAAACAUGUGCCCGAAAAGUCUCCAAUUAAAAUUAAGAACUUUGGUAUCUGGCUUCGUUAUGACUCUCGUUCUGGUACACACAACAUGUACAGGGAAUACCGUGACCUCAGUGUAUCUGGGGCUGUGACCCAGUGUUACAGAGACAUGGGAGCUCGCCACCGUGCUCGCGCCCACUCCAUUCAGAUUAUUAAGGUGGAACAAGUUAAGGCUGGUGACACAAGAAGACCACAAGUCAAACAAUUCCACGAUUCGAAAAUCCGUUUCCCACUGCCGAAACGCAUCCAACAUAACUCCAUGAACAGAUUCUCUGUUCGUAAACCAAGAACAUACUUCUUGUAAUAUGUUUAAGAAAAUAAAUUUAUAAACAAUUA